AAAACUGACCAGGUGUUAGUAGGAAGCUACUGUGUCUUCAGUAAUCAAAGAGGUCUGGUGCACCCUAAGACUUCAAUCGAGGACCAGGACGAGCUGUCCUCUCUUCUUCAGGUUCCCCUUGUGGCAGGCACUGUGAACCGAGGGAGCGAGGUGAUUGCUGCUGGGAUGGUAGUGAAUGAUUGGUGUGCUUUCUGUGGUCUGGACACAACCAGCACAAAGCUGUCAGUGGUGGAGAGCGUCUUCAAGCCAAAUGAGGCCAAGCCUAGUACCAUCGCCACCAGCAUGCGGGAUUCCCUCAUUGACAGCCUCACACGAGUCACCUUCCAUGCUGUUGUGUGGGCUCCUGCCUCUGGACUUUGGCUCAUUUUUCAUGCCUGAGCUAGUCUGUAAUAA